AUGGUGUUGAUGGAUGGGGUUAAGAGAGACUGCGCGUUGGGGGACCCUUCUGGCGCUCAGCUGCUGCCUGUCUGCAGCAGCGACACAGCAGCAGCAGCAGCAGCAGCAGCAGCAGCAGCAGCAGGAUCCAGUUCAUCUGGUAUGUAUAAGAGAAAGGCAUCAUCUGGUGUGAGCAGCAGCAGCAGCUGUUGCAUGAGCCCUUCUGCUGCUCCCCACUCUGCUCCUGCUGCAGCAUCCCCUACCACCAAUCACCACCCCCACCACCCCCACCACCCCCACCACCCUCCGCAGCAGCAGCAGCAGCAGCAGCAGCAGCAGCAGCAGCGUGUGUUGGGUGUACACGGUGUGCAUGCACGUCCCCCACCUCCUCGUGUAUACCAUGUGGUGAUGUGUACGCGUCGUUACUGGCGUGUAGAGUGGGUGUCUCCGGAGACAGGUCGUCGGGUGUAUAAACACUUCGGUGAGAAUAGAUAUGGGGGAGGAGACAGAGCAAGAGAGGUUGCUGUUAGGUUUUGGGCUGAAGUAAGAAAGAGAAGCGCAGAGGGGAUAGAGAGAGGAGAGUGGCAGGGACUCACCGAGGUCACCAGAAGAGUCAGAGAGGAGGGGGUUGAGGGUAUACUACAAGAGGUUGUUGCUGCUCCACCCACCCCACAACACCACCACCUUAAUACUCUUAUUCAUACGGGUAGUGCUGCUGCUGCUGCUGCUGCUGCUGCUGCUGGUGGUGGUGGUGGUGGUGGUGGUGGUGCUGGUGGUGCUGGUGGUGGUGGUGGUGGUGGUGCGGCGGUGGUUAUGCAAGAACAUGAUCCUAUACAACAUAGUGAUGAAUCAGGGAUAACACAGGGGAAUACAGCUGCUGCUGCUGCUGCUGCUGCUGCUGCUGCAGCAGCAGCAGCAGCAGCAGCAGGGAUGCAGCAGACACAUACAAACCCAGGCGGAGAUAUCACUGCUGCAGAGACACUAGGAGAUGCAGCAGCAGACAACCACUUCAAUGGAUUCGCGGCGCAGCAGCAAAACAACCCUCACGCUGCUGCUGCUGCUGUUGCUGCUGCUGCUGGUACUGGUGCUGCUGCUGCUGCUGCUGCUGCUGCUGCUGCUGACCCCUGCCGCCAGAGAGCUGCUUCUCUCCGGCCAUGCACGAGGGGACGGGCGCAGCGAGAAGCCUCUAAAGACUCUGCGAAUGCCCACAGCAGCAGACUCACCCAGCAGCAGCAGCAGCAGCAGCAGCAGCAACAGCAGCAGCAGCAGCAGCUGACGCAUAGAGAAGACACCCCCAGCCUCACCGACCAGGGCGCAGCCCCCUCAGACCCCAUUUGUCCUGCAGAUGAUGAGAGCGCAGAGCAGCAGCAGCAGCAGCAACAGCAGCAGCAGCAGCAGCACCUGCAGCAGCAACUGCAGCAGUUGGAUUCGGAGCCUUUCGGCGACUCGCAGGGACCCAUAGGAUAUUCAGGCCAGCAGCAACAGCAGCAGCAACAGCAGCAGCAACAGCAGCAGCAGCAGCAGCAGCAACAGCAGCACACUAAAGAUGAAGCUGCUGUUGCUGCUACCUAUAUUGCCGGUGCUGCGCAGCAGCAGUUUCCGGGCUGCUUGGAGCCGCAGGCUGCAGCUAGCGCUAGCCAGCUAGCUGAGGCUUCUCUAUCAGCAGGGGGCCCCCACCUGGGUGAGGGCACAGCUCUGCAGGAUAUCUCUGCGGGUGCUGCAGCAGGGUCAGGGGACUGGGGGGCCCCCCAGCGUACGGGGGGCCCCCCGCAGCUGCAGCUGUACCCUUCUUCUCUUACUGGCCUGCAGCAAGGCCCAGCAGCAAACUUCUGGGGUUCUGCUGCUGAGCCUGCAGCAGCAUCGGAGACAGGAGACAGCUGCGCGGGGACUGUGAAGGGGGGAGCAGCAGAGCUGCUGGUCAAAAGAGACAACACCAGCAGCAGCAGCAGCAGCAACAGCAGCAGCAGCAACAGCAGCAGCAUAUCCUCUCUGGGCCCUGUUGAACCCCCAGCCAAGCGGUACCGCUCUGACAGCCGCGAUGCUGCGCUGCAGGGCGAGGGGCCCCCCUGGGGGGGCCCCCCAAACACUCGUUCUAUGGCGGCGUACCCUAGCAGCAACAGGGGCCUCAUCAACAACUCCCUCAGUACCUCUUCUGUUGUCUCUAUGGGCCCCUGCAGCACGCUGGGGUUUGGGGGCCCCGGGGCCCCCGGGGCCCCCAUGGGGGCCCUGGGGCCCCUGGAUUUUGGGGGCGGACCUGCUGCAGCAGCAGGGGGUGAGUUUGGUGCUGGUGCUGCUGCUGCUGCUGCUGCAGGGUCUUCGCUUGCUGCUGCUGGGGGGGCCCCUCAGGUGGUCGCUGCUGAUGCGAGCAACAGGACGCGGUGGCUGGGCUGCGGAGGAGACAGUGCUGCUGCUGCUGCUGCUGCUGCUGCUGCUGCAGCUGCUGGUCUUCAGGGGUCACUAACCCCUCAAGAGCUGCAGGGGGCAGCAGGAGGUGUGGGGGCCCCCAACCUGGGGGCCCCCUUCGUCAGCAGCAGCAGUGUAGGGCCUGGGGGGCUGUUAUACUCCGCCGCGUCUGCGUUCCCCCCCUGUGAGUCUCAGGUGUCUCUCCAGCAGCAGCAGCAGCACCAGCAGCAGCACCAGCAGCAGCAGCAGCAGCAGGGCUUGGCUCGUGAUGGGGUUGGUUCUAUGGAUGGUUUUUCUGUGGGGUGUCCUUCAGAUGGGGUGUAUGGUGGCGGCUCAGGUGUACAGACAGCUGGAGGGCGUGCAGGACCAGCAGCAGCAGCAGCAGCAGCAGCAGGAGCAGCAGCAGCAGCAGCAGCAGCAGCAGGAACAGGAGGAGGCAGCUCUUCUGUCUCCUCUUCUUCUGGGCGUCGCUCGCGCUGCGGUGGUUCUUCAUCUGGUUCUGGUGCUGCUAGAAAGGGCCCAUCAGGUGGUGUAUCUGGCCGCAGCAGCAGCAGCAGCAGCAGCAGCCAGCGGACCAUUGGUCGCAUAUAUUCCUUACUGGUCCGUGGCGUUCGGUGCUGGCGAGCGGAGUGGCAUGACCGGACCAGUGGUCACCGCAAGACCAGACAGUAUGCAGCACCCAAACACGGAGAACAGCAAGCCAGGGCCCUCUGUCUCCAGGCCCUCUGCCAGGCCCGCAGCGUCCCCGCGCAGCUGCUGCAGGAGGCGCAGCAGACCUUUGCCUAUCAACCAACACUGUCUCCUGAGAACAACCCAGAGCCAGACGAUGCUGCAGCACAAGACCCAGCAGCAGCAGCAGCAGCAGCAGCAGCAGCGGCGGCGGCGGCGGCGGCAGCAGUAACGAAUAACUAUCACCAGCAGCACCAGCAGCAACAGCAGCAGCAGCAGCAGCAACAGCAGCAACUGCAGCGCAGCCAAAUCAUCACACAAAAUACACAUAUAGAAGACACAGGCAGACAGCUGCUGCAGCAGCAAAUGCAGAGAGGAGACACAAACCACAACGGGGGGUUUAACCAACCCCACCAGGGAUAUUUGUGGGGUUUGUCUCCUGUUGUAGAUGUCUCCGAACAGCAGCAACAGCAGCAGCAGCAGCAGCAGCAGCAGCAGACAUUUGCUGCUGCUGCAGGCAGAGACCCUAUCCGACAUAACCCGCAGCCUCCUGCUGUCUUCCUGGGGGGCAUGGGCAUGCCACUGGAGACAGCAGCAGCAGCAGCAGCAGCAGCAGCAGCAGCAGCACCUGUCUCCCUUGAGGAUACACCCAACGGGGGCCCCGGGGGGCCCCCAGCAGCUGCUGGGGGGCCCCUCCCCACCGGCUUCCCUACUGAUAACAACAACCCCACCACUUCUGCUGCUGCUCCGUUUGCAGGCACCGCGUUCUCUAGGAGCAGUCCGGCAGAAGCUUCAGCUGCAUGCAGCAGCAGCAGCAGCAGCAGCAACAGCAGCAGCAGCAACUGCUGCAGCACCUCCGCCAUUGAAGGGCCAGCCCCAGCCCCCCACCAGGGAGACGGGGGCCUCCCCACUAAACACGAAGGAGACAGCGACGCGGGGCUGAGUAGUAACCUGUCUCUGAUGUGCAGCAGCAGCACAGCAGCAGCAGCAGCAGUAGCAGCAGCAGCAGCAGCAGCAGCAGCAGCAGACCCCACACAGCCCUGCAGCUUCAGCUCCGCCCCUGCUGCUGCCUGUCUCCUCCCCAAGAUAGAGUCCCCAGAAGGAGGAGACAGCGCCUCAGCAAUAGCAACAGCAGCAACAGAAGGAGACACCCCGUUUGCAUGGAGCCCUUCUUUUUUAACCGUCUAA